AUGAAAAACGCCAAUGAAACCAGCAUGACUGACUUUGAAUUAACUGGAUUCCAGGAUCUACAGCAUUUUCAUGUGCUCCUCUUUGUCACCUUACUUUUCACUUACUCGCUCAUUCUCAUGGGCAACAUUGUCAUCAUCACCCUAAUUCAGACCAGUCCCCGCUUCCAUAUCCCCAUGUACCACUUUAUUGCCAUGCUGGCUACCCUCGAGAUGUGCUAUACCACUGUCACCAUCCCCAAGAUGUUGGUGGAUCUGCUGCAGAGGCAGAAACGCAUCUCCUUCGGUGGUUGCCUUGUGCAAAUCUAUUUCUUCCAUGCCCUGGGCAUCACAGAAGCUUGCUUGCUCACAGUGAUGGCUUACGACCGCUUCUUAGCCAUCUGCACUCCGUUGAGCUAUCCAACCACCAUGACAACCAAGUUUUGCUUCCAGCUAGUGGUCGGAUGCUGCACUUGUGGCUUUGCAUGUCCUUUGCCUGAAAUUGUCCUGAUUUCCAAACUGCCAUUCUGUGGGCCCAAUCACAUCGAGCACAUAUUCUGUGAUUUCCCUCCAUUGUUUCAUCUCCCUUGCGCUGACAUAUCUAGAAUCAUCAUGACAGACUUCAUCAUCCAUUCCUUGGUCAUCCUUGGUCCUGUCUUCUUGAUCCUCCUCUCUUAUGUAAAAAUAUUGACUGUUGUAAUCAAAAUCCAGAGCUCGGAAGGCCGCCAGAAGGCUUUUUCUACCUGUGCUUCUCACCUCAUUGUGGUCUUUGCCUUUUUUGGGACAACAGGGUUUAUGUAUGUCCGUUUGACUCAAGCCAGAUCGUUGCAUUACGAGAGAGUCAUUGCCAUGAUCUAUGCUGUCCUUACCCCCCUUUUCAACCCCAUUGUCUAUAGCUUGAGAAACAAAGAAAUCCAGGAAGAGAUCCGAAAAAUUAUUAAAUUGCCCAAUCUAUCAUUCAGGAGGACCUGGAGGCAUGUUGGGUGCUGA